GAAUAAACAAACACACAGAGAUGAACACAGCAGUCCUCAGACCUCGUAUUACUAGUUUGUUCUUUUUGUCAGAAAAUCUAAGGAAAAUAUAGUAACAAUUUCCAAAAUCAAAAAAUGUUACUGUGGCGACAUUCUCUAGAUCCAAUGACUUUCCUCCUUUUAAACCCCAAGUUUAUAUUUUGUUUUGUUAUUUUUCUGGUGUUCCUCUCACUCUUUCUUAUGAAUUUUAAGCCCCCCUGCCCUUUCCCUCCCCUCUUUGCGGUUGAUAAUCUGCUGAGUCUAAGAACUUGCUUGAUCUGGUUUUUGUGGUGGUAUUUGGGCAAAAUUUCCCCAACAGGUUGCAGCUCCUGCAGAUCGCUGAACAAGGACCAGAAUAAACUAUUGGAAUUCAUCACGCUGCAGCAAUGAAUCACAGCAAAGUGGAGCCUGAGCCUUUUGAAUACUCGUACUAUGACUACAACAGCUGGUACACCAACGCAGAGCCAACUUUACCACCUAAAGAGGUGAUUUUACCAUGCAGCCCCACGGCAGAUGACAAGCUCUUCCAUAUAUGCAUAUUGUCCAUAUCUCUCGUGAUUCUGUUGAUUUUAGCAGCUUUAACCAGGAAAAACAAGUUCUGUCAAGGAUUUGCAAGAGCAUCCUCCAGCAUCUUCAGCCCAGCCAACUUUCUUGACCAGACUCAGGAAAAGGGUCCAGUUGUGGCUGUUUUUGGGCUGAUCUUCACCAAAAUUGCAACGGUGGUGGUUGCUCCAGACCCUCUUCCUUUCUAUCAAGACACACCAGCGAACAUUAAAGAAUACAUGAAGAUAGUUGCUAUUUUCUACUACCCGGUCCUGUAUUAUCCCCUGCUGGUCUGUGGGACUCUGCAGCGCAAAACAGGCUUUGUCUUCGGGACGCUCCUGUCUUUGAGUCAUUUUGGGGUUCUGGUGUGGCAGAAGUUUGACUGUCCAAAGACUCCAGAGAUCUAUAAGUACUACAGUCUACUGGCAAGUCUUCCUCAUCUGGCCUGCCUGGCAUAUCUCUGUGUCAAGUUUCCUUUGCUGUUUUUCAAAGGGCCAAAGAAUGACGAGGACCUUGAUAGCAGCUACUACAACGAUUAUGUCAAGUUGCUUCUCAAGAAAAAGUCUUCUUCUGACAGUUCUUCUACUACAGACAAGUCGUCAUUAGCUCAGAGAAUCCUGGAGCUGCCUAAGAGUUAUAUUUACGUUUCAGAAAAAGUAUUUCGGUAUCCUCUAAAGCUGGUGAUAUCAGCGUUUGUCACCUGUGUCGCCAUGUAUCACAUGGCACUGCUGCUGGUCGUUCUUGUCGUGCCCACUCUACACAUUGUUCGUGCAGGGAUAGAUGAAAACAUCGCCUUCCUGCUGCUGGGCUUUGGGAUCAUACUGUCAGAUGACAGGAUGGAGGUCGUCAAAAUUGUGACUUUCUACACCUGGCUGCUGGAAGUGUGCUACAUCUGUGCAACAACCCUGACCUGUCUGAUCAGUAUCUUUAUGCUCAUGAGGUCCAUGCUUCUUCACAGAUCAAAUUUGAAGUCUCUUUAUAAAGGAGAAAUAUACAACAUGAACAACAGCCAGAAGACGGUCCGCCCUUCUUAUCCUGGCGUGGUGUGCUGGAUGGGUUUAACGGGAUACCAAGCUGCCGUCCUGUGCCUCGGAAUGGCUAUCCAGACUUUAGUGUUUUUCAUCUGUUUCUUAUUUCUAGUUUUUUUAAUCAUAAUCCCUAUUUUUUAUGGCCGCAAUAUCAUUGUUUUUGAAAUUGCAGGAAAGGCAUGGCCAGCCUGGGUCACCCUCAUCCUGGUUACUGCGCUGCAACAUGUGACUGCAAAGUUUUUCUUCAUCAAAAAGGAAUCUGGUACCAGAGACCUGAAUAACAGGGAGAGUCUGUUCCUCCUGACAUACCUGAUGUUCGUGGUCAACGUUGUUGUGGGCCUGAUUGUUGUCAUCUGGAGAAUGGUGAUAACAGCUUUAUACAACAUCAUUCAUCUGGUCCGAAUGGACAUCAGUCUACUCCACCGCACUGCAGAGUCCUUUGAUCCAGCCUACAACUACUACACCCACUUCCUGAACGUGGAGGUCAGUCAGUCCCACCCCGUGAUGAAGGCUUUCUGUGGGCUCCUUCUGGAUGUGCUGGUUGAGGGCGGCAGAGCUGGACAAAAGCGAAGUGCAGAGGAAGGGAUUCACCAGAACAGUACCGAUAAGAAGACCAGCAGUCGGAGGAUUUGUAUCCGGUGGCAGCUGCUGUACACCCUAGUGAACAAUCCCUCCCUCCUGGGAUCCAGAAAACACUUCCAGACGCUGCAGAUGUCAGAGAACGUCUUGAAUGGAACUCCAAACCGCAGCUCCAGGAGAGAGAGCAAGAGGGAGGCAGAACCGGCAUCCGAGGAUGUAGUGGAGUCCAUGAAAACCCAGUGAAAAAAACACAGCAGCCUCAUCAAAAAUCAUGAGGAAACGGCAUCUUCAGUCGAUCUACAAGUUUACUUUUGGGACGUUUGUCUUCAUGUAACCUUUGGUGUUAGAUUAGAUUUAGAUUAGACAGGUAACACUUGAGGGGUUACAGGUGACGCUUGAAAACAAAAUUGUUAACAUACUGUAAUGUUUUAAUUGUUAGCACCAUAAUUUCAGCUGAUUCUGACGAGCCACUUUUCUCCGCAAAGUUUCACCUCAAAGUUAGAAAAAUACACGCUAUGAUUUUGUGGCCAUAAAGCCAUUCAUUUAUAAAUUCAUUUUUAAAUGUUGUCUACAAUUGAGUUUUUCUGUAUGUAACAAAUGUAACUUCUUUCACU